AUGAAUCGUCUGCCCACCGAGCUUAUCGACGCCAUCCUGCUGCACUGCGUCAACUCCGGCCCCAAGAAUGCCGUCCUCGACCUCCGCCUCGUCUGCAAGGCCUUUGACCGCAUCCUCAAGCCGUACGCAUGCCGCACCCUCGAGCUCGAGUUCUCGCGCCUCAGCAAGACGAGCCGCCUUGGCCGGCCGCGGACGGAUGCCCUGCAGACGGUGGGAUACCACUGCAAGAGCCUCUACAUUGACCUGAUGGUUCUUCGCGACGAGAUGGAAGUCGACUUCCUCAACACAGUCUUUGCCCGCGUCCCCUGGAUGAUGGACUUCUGCCAGUCACUACAGAACCUCUACUGCAUGGGCGAGAUGUCCUUUACCGAGAAGGAAUACUACCAGGCCGUCGAGGCGCUCCUCUUCAACUGCCGUGAUAUCGAGCGGCUGCGGCUGAGCCUGCCUUUCCAACUGGUGGGCCGACACUGCAACGCCGCCACCAUCAUCCUCGCCAACACCUUCAAGGCGCUGGCUUCGCGCCCGGAGGAGGACUCGGCCUCGAUGAAGGUCCUGGUGUUGGAGAAUGUCACCGAUAUCGCCGUCUGCCACCUGUGGAUGAACCCCAGCGACGUGAUGAACAUCAUGGCCACCGUGGCCGUCCUCAAGCACCUCGUUAUUGCCCUCCGUCGGCACGAGACUGAUCCGCCGCGCGUGAGCAUGUUUGGGUCGUGCUUCUGGAACAUCAUCGAGCACGCGCAGCACCUCGAGACCUUGUGCAUAAUUGGCAUGGAGCAUGACGACAGGCCGCCUCGGGGACUGAAGCAGACCAGGUCCAACCAGAUGGCCGUGGAUGAGUGGAGGGCGCGGGUGCUGCCGCCGCCUCGGAUCAUGCUUGAUAACCUGACGUGCCUGGAGCUGAAGCGAGUAGAGAUCUCCCCGGACGUUUUUAGGCGGUUCACCGAGGAGUUUGGAGCCCUCAUGGAGGAGCUGUAUCUCAACGAGGUGUACCUGAAGACGGAACAGUCCCGCGAUUGGAACUACAACUCGAAGAAGGUGCUGUGGGUUGGCAUUGCAAACCAGCGGCCUGAAGAAGACGACCAGUGGAUGGCCAUGAUGCUGCGCUGUACCAUGCCCAACCUCCGCAUCUGCCGAGCCUCGUUCCUUGCGUACGACCUAUAUAUCCGAGACGAAAUCGUCACCAGCCCAGACUUUGACCUCAUUGACCCAUGCGGCAUGGCGCGUAGCCUGUCCCAGCGCUUUGUCGAAGUCGUGAUGGGAAUCCGUCAGCCUCCUACGCCGACCGGGGAUCCCGUCGAGUACCUCCCCCAAGACUCUCGCGAGGACUACCUCCUUCAGCGACUCACGGAUCGGCCCGACUAUGUGCGGAUCGUCGACUACGAUACUAAUGCAUACCAGACUGCGGUGGAAAACACCACGUCAGGAUGGCAGAAGAGCAUCGACGGCGUGUUUACAAACUGCAACCCCAACACCCUCGAUGAGCUGCACUACAUUGCCGAGACGGCGUGCCAGGGCAUGAAUGAGAUUCACCGACGACGCAACGAAUGGACGGCGGGCAACAGCCUGGCCAACGAAUAUACGCACAACCUGUUGACGGCGGUGGAUGAUCCGUCCACCCAGUUAGAGUUUCUGACUGACGACCAACUUUUCGAAUGA